AUGUUCUUACAUAAAGUGAUAUUAAAAAGCAGACUCUGAAGACUUUUUUCAGAUAUCAACUUUUCAAAAGAUUAUUACAAAGUUCUUGGGAUACCUAAAACUGCUAGUAAAGCAGAAAUAAGAAAGGCUUAUUUAAAUCUUGCCAAAACACAUCACCCAGAUACAGCAACUGGAAAUGAAGAAAAAUUCAAGCAGAUCGGAGAAGCGUAUGAAGUUUUAAGUGACGAAAACACAAGGAAGCAAUAUGAUGCUGGCCCAAAAAAAUCAACAGAAUAUUCUCAAUAUUCAGACACAAAAUCACAAUAUAGAAAGCAAAGCUCAUAUAACUGAAGCAAUAGCUCAGAUCAGCAGAAUUAUCAGUAUUAUUGGUAUUCUUCUAGUAAAAGCCAAAACUCAUGGAGAUCAAAUGAAGGAUUUUAUUAUGAUUAGAUUAGAUUCUCGCAGGUCUUGAGGGAUUAUUUCAGCCCCUACCCUGCCCACUGGAGGCUUCACGCUCAAGCGGCCUUAGCCAUCUAGCAUCGCACUACACCUUUUUCAUGUAGACGCCGCCAAAAAAUGGUGACAUCAACAAUCUCUUGAAAAAAGCGUAUCAUUGAGUCCUGGCCAGGCAAAAACUAAAAACUAACUCCAAACUUCCUAAAAAAUUUGAUUCACUUAUCUGAGACUGGGAUAACUCACAAAUCACUCGGAUCUAACUCAACUCAUCAUUUUUAAAAAGUAUUUUAUAAUCAAGAUUGAGACAAAGAUAAAGGGCAAACAUUUUCAGGGGAUUGAUACAAAAAACAGACCUUUCAGAAUAGAAAAAACUACUAUAAAGAAAGAAAAAACCAAAAAAGAUAUGAAGAGCAACAAAAUUAUAAUAAGGACUAUGAUUAUGAUUAUAGAAGAACUGGUAAAUCUUAUCCGAGCAGUAAACAAAUUAUUUCAAUUAAUAUUUGACUGAUUUUAUUGUCAGGCUUAAUUAUUGUUUUACUGUAUAAGAAGCCAAGAAAUAAUGUGGAUUAUUAUAGAAAUGACUAUGAAAACCAAAAUUGCCCUUAUGAGAAAUCUAGCCCAAAGCCAAAUGUAUUUAAAGACCAAUUAAAUUUACUGAAUUUAAAUACAACACCUAAUAUGCUUGAGAAAACGGACGCCAUCUUUCGAUCAAGGAUGAGUGGUAAGAAAGUAUAUAAUUUUUUAUUAUUGAAAUAUUUUAUAUUAAAUUUUUUAAAUAUAAAAAGUUUUAUGCGCUAAUAGAGUAUUUAUAUUAUCAAAAUAUACUAGAAAUCGCAUUAGAAUUCGUAGUAUCAAUUAUAAUAUAAUAUAUCUAAGAUUCAUUAUUAUAAAAGAUAGGGAGUUAAAUUUGGCAAGUGUUUCAUGCUUAACCUAUAAAAAUCGUUCGAUCAAAAAUGGAAAUUAAUUUUUCUAAUUUUCUGGAAAUCUCCAAUAGAACCUUCGAUUAAGGAUGGUGGGAUUAAGGAUAAAUAA